AUGCCGAAGGCCAAAGGCAAGGGCGGCAAGAACCGCAGGCGCGGAAAGAACGACGAUUUUGAUAAGCGCGAGCUCGUGUUCAAAGACGAGAGCCAGGAGUAUGCCCAGGUAGUGCGCAUGCUCGGCAAUGGGCGACUCGAGGCGCUCGGUUUUGACGGCGAGAAGAGGCUCGCACAUAUCCGUGGCAAGCUGCGCAAAAAGGUGUGGAUCAACAAUGGCGACAUCAUUCUCCUAUCUCUGCGCGAGUUUGAGGACGGCAAGGCGGAUGUGAUCCAGAAAUACACGCCGGAUGAGGCGCGUGCAUUGAAGCAGUACGGCGAACUCCCCGAUACGACCAAGAUCAGCGAAGAGACGUUUGGCGAAGAGGAGGGCGGCGACGUCGAGUUCCAAGAGGCGAGCGACGAGUCAGACGAAGAUUUGGACGACCUCUAA